AUGGAGACCAAAAAGGGACUGCCAGGGACUGGGCUAGCUACACGUCGCUCCCUGGUGCACUACCUGCAGGACCGCCAGGUGGGUGCACAGGGACGGCUGGCAGAAAGGGGUUUUGAAAGUCAGCUGAACAGCCUCGCAGCACGGAGCCUGCCCCAAAUGUUGAGGGAACACCAACUAAACCUGGGCACCCUGGACAAAGUGUUUGCUUCACAAUGGCUGAAUAGCAGGGAGGUGGUGUGUGGCACCAAGUGCAACAAGCUGUUCAGGCUGGAUGUGCACUCGGGCCAGAUCACACACUGCCCCCUCAUGGUGGACAGAGAGCCUCCUCGAGCCGGGAGCCUGCCUGGCUGUGGCAUCCACGCCAUUGAGCUGAAUCCCUCCAAGACACUUCUGGCCACAGGGGGCAAGAACCCCAAUAGCCUGGCCGUGUACCAGCUGCCCACCAUGGACCCUGUGUGCCUGGGUGACAUCCAAGGCCACAAAGACUGGAUCUUUGCCAUCGCCUGGGUGAGUGACACCGUGGUGGUGAGCGGUUCCCGUGAUGGCACCCUGGCUUUAUGGCAGUUGGACCGUGAGCUUUUCCAUGAGACCAUUGAUUCGCACAGUAGCAGUGGCAUCCCCGUGUAUGGCCACAUCCGUCCAGUGGAUGUGGUCGAUAUCUCUACAGACAGCCCUCAUCCCAGUCACCACCACGUGCGUGCCUUGGCCUUCAGCAGCAGAAACCAGGAACUGGGAUCAGUUUCCCUGGAUGGCUACUUCCACCUCUGGAAAGCUCAGAGCAACCUGUCCAGGCUGCUCUCCAUCAGGAUGCCCUACUUUGGAGGGAAUGUGUGCAUGACUUACUGCGAUGAGCUCUCUCUGUAUGCUGUGGGCUCUAGUACCUAUGUCUCUUUCCUGGAUCCACGCCAGCCACAGGACAACUUCUGGGCCCUGCACUGUAGGGAAUUUGGCACCAGUGUGUGCUCACUGAGCCACAACAGGGACAUUAUUACCUUGGGAACUGUGCACGGCUCCCUGCUCUUCUAUGACGUCCGUGCUAAGAAGUUUCUAGAGGACAGCCGUGAGAUUUGCCAGGACUCUUCUGCAGGGUCCGGGAGGAGAAUGCUGAAGCUCACCUGUAGCAGGGGCUGGAUCAACCAGGAAACCAUCUGGGCAGACCAGACUGUAAAUUUGAACCAACUGCCAAGUUGCCUGUACACCCACUGCUACAACUGGCCAGAUAUGAAGCUCUUUGUGGCUGGGGGGCCUCUCUUUUCUGAUCUCCAUGGAAACUACGCUGGCCUGUGGAGCUGAGGAUGACUGCUAUUGCUCAAGGAGGAAUUGGCCAAAUGUUACCCUCCCUCCUCCGUGCGGAGAAAUAGAAAGAUCCUCUCAUCAUUCAAAGUUUUGAACACUUUUGUCCCUCAACAGAAACUGGCUUUUCAGAUGUAAAAA